ACAAGUCCGAAUAGAGUGCCCUCUCUAAUAAUUCAAAAUCAUUUUUCUCUCCAACGGCUACUUCAAACUCUAUCUUUCUCUUCUUACCCCUCUCCCCUUCCUUUUCUUCUGUGUUUCUCUCUCUCUCUCUCUCUCUCUAUCUCUCUCUGCAAGAUGAAGCACUUCAUGCUUCCAAGAAACGCAACCGCAAGAGACGCAGCAGAGUGUUCAUCAAGCCCUAGUAGCUCCGUCAAACCAAAACCCUCUCGCAAACACAAAUCCUCCAAAGAAAAUGAUCCACCUACAGAUCCAAACCUCGUCGUCCCUUCUUCCCCUUCCCAAACCAAAUUGAAGUCUCCCUUACCCCCUAGACCUCCCUCUUCCAACCCUCUCAAACGCAAGCUCGCCCUUGAUACUCUCGCCGCCACCGAUAAUUCACUCCCUGCAACCUCCGAUUCCGGCGUCAAGGUUAUUGUCAGGGUGAGGCCUAUGUCCCAGGAUAAGGACGAUGGAGAUCCUAUAGUUCAGAAGAUUUCCGGUGAUUCGUUAUCCAUUAAUGGCCACACUUUCACCUUUGAUUCCGUCGCUGAUGUUGAUUCUACUCAGCUUGAUAUUUUUGAGCAUGUUGGGGUUCCUCUGGUUGAGAAUUGUUUGGCUGGAUUCAAUAGUUCAGUCUUUGCUUAUGGACAGACGGGCAGUGGGAAGACUUAUACAAUGUGGGGUCCUGCCAAUUCUUUGGCGGAAGGAAAUGUAGCAAAAGAGCAGCAAGGACUUACACCGCGUGUUUUCGAGCGACUUUUUGCCCGUAUAAAUGAAGAGCAAACUAAGCAUUCUGACCAACAGCUCAGUUAUCAGUGUCAGUGCUCUUUUCUUGAGAUAUACAACGAGCAAAUCACAGAUCUGUUGGAUCCGAAUCAAAGGAACCUUCAGAUUAGAGAAGAUGUGAAAUCAGGUGUCUAUGUUGAAAGUCUUACAGAGGAGCAAGUGUCCACCAUGAAGGACGUCACUCAACUUUUAAUGAAGGGACUAUCAAACAGGAGAAUAGGUGCAACCAGUAUAAAUUCUGAGAGUUCCCGAUCACAUACUGUUUUUACCUGUGUUGUCGAGUCUCGAUGCAAGAGUGUGGCAGAUGGUGUGAGUAGAUUUAAAACAAGUAGAAUAAAUCUUGUUGAUCUGGCUGGGUCAGAACGACAAAAAUCAACGGGUGCUGCCGGAGAGCGUUUGAAAGAAGCUGGCAACAUUAAUAGAUCACUCUCACAGCUUGGGAAUUUGAUAAACAUUCUUGCGGAAGUCUCUCAAACAGGAAAGCAACGGCACAUACCAUACAGAGAUUCAAGGCUGACAUUUUUGUUGCAGGAGUCUCUUGGAGGAAAUGCUAAAUUAGCAAUGGUCUGUGCUAUUUCACCGGCUCAAAGUUGUCGGAGUGAAACAUUCAGUACACUGAGGUUUGCACAGCGUGCUAAAGCCAUCAAGAACAAAGCAGUUGUUAAUGAAGUUAUGGAGGAUAAUGUAAUCCACUUGCGACAAGUGAUACGACAACUAAGGGAUGAACUGCAUCGAAUUAAAGCAGAUGGUUAUAAUCCAACGGAUCCAAGUGGGGGUCAUUCAGCAGCUUGGGUUCGAAAAAGCUUGAACAUAUUACAGUCUAGCCUUAAUAGACCCCCACCAUUAUCACGUGUAGAUGAAGAUGGUGAUGAGGAGAUGGAGAUUGACGAGGAAGAAUUUGAAGACCAUGAUGAAGUUUUCUGCAAUGCCAAUGUCAAUUGUAAUAUUGUAUCAGAAAAUGACAACAAAAUGAACACUGAUGAUCAAGAUUUGGCUCAACCCAAUGAGGAGAAAAAUAAUCCUAGUAUCUCUGGCAGUAAACUUCUGAAUGAAGAAUCACCCUGUGCCUUGGUACGAAGCAGUCUCUCUUGUCCUGCGGGUAAAUCGGACAUCGGAGAUUUCACUGGUUUUGCAGCCCUAGAUGCGUCCAGCUGUUCUCUCAAUGCCACGGUGACUUGUGCCUCACCUGGUAGCCUUAGCAUUGUUAAGUGCGAUUUAUCCCCAAUCCUGAAAUCCCCAACUCCUAGUGUUUCUCCUAGAAUAAGCACUAGCAGGAAAAGUCUUAGGACAUCAUCGGGGAUGUCUCCUUCUGAGAAUGAUCUUCAAGUUGCAAGUGAAUUGGGCAUAAAAACUGGCAAUCUGAAAAGCUCAUCUACUGCUUUUUCUAGUCAGACCAGUCCAAGUUUACUUACAAAAACAGAAAAUUUAGCAGCAAGCAUUCGCCACGGUCUUGAAAUUAUUGAUAGUCAUCGUAGCACAGCUUUGAGAAAGUCAUCAUACAGGUUUUCAUUACGACCAAGAGAAUCCAGACUAACUUUUCCGGUUGACAAAGUUGAUGUGGGCAUGCAGACCUUUCUUGAUGAUAAUGUUGAAGAAGAUUCAAUUUUGUUCACAUGUAGUAAUUGUAAAAACAAAGCACAACUUGAUAUCAAUGAGGCUGACAAUAACUCAAACCUUCAGUUGGUACCUAUUGUCAAUGAGGCUGACAAUAGCUCCAACCUUCAGUUGGUACCUGUUGAUUGCUCUGGGUCUGUUGAUAAGCCAAAGAAGCAAGUUCUCAAAGCAGUAGAGAAGGUCUUGGCAGGAUCGAUAAGGAGAGAGAUGGCACUGGAGGAGUAUUGUGCAAAGCAGACUUCUGAGAUAAUGCAGCUUAAUCGCUUGGUAAAACAAUACAAGAAUGAGAGGGAAUACAAUGCCAUAAUUGCACAGACAAGGGAAGAAAAAAUUCUUCGACUCGAGAGCCUUAUGGAUGGUGUCUUACCCACCGAGGAGUUCAUGGAUGAAGAGCUGGCAGCCCUUACCCAUGAGCACAAGCUUUUAAAGGAGAAGUAUGAGAAUCAUCACGAAGUUUUGAGGAUGGAGAUAGAGUUUAAAAGAUUACGAGAUGAACUAGAAGAGUAUCAAAGUUUCUACAAAUUAGGAGAGAGGGAAGUGUUGAUGGAAGAGAUACAAAGCUUAAGGAGCCAGCUUCAAUUUUAUAUAGAUUCUUCAUCCACAGCCGCGAGGAAGCAGUAUCCCUUACUGCAAUUGACUGGUUCAUCUGAACCCAGUUUGGCAGCAACAACUCUCACUGCCAUUCCAGAGUCAAUAGAGGAGAGGAAUGAGAAAAAUGAAAUUCCAGCAUCAAUGAAGGACAGUGCUGAAAUAAAACUGGAACAAGAAAGAAUUAAAUGGACUGAGGCAGAAAGCAGGUGGAUUUCUCUCGCUGAAGAACUGAGAGCCGAUCUUGAAGCUAACAGGUCGCUAGCUGAAAAGAGGAAGCAAGAAUUAGAUGCUGAGAGGGAGUGUACUAAGGAACUUCAGGAAGCCAUGCACAUGGCUAUAGAAGGCCAUGCACGAAUUUUAGAACAGUAUGCAGAUUUGGAAGAGAACCACAUCCUAUUGCUUGCAAGGCAUAGAAGAAUCCAAGAAGGAAUUGAGGAUGUCAAGAAAGCAGCUUCCAGAGCUGGGGUAAGAGGUGCAGAGUCCAAGUUUAUAAAUGCCCUUGCUGCAGAAAUCUCAGCAUUAAAAGCAGAAAGAGAAAAAGAAAGGCGAAUCUUAAGGGACGAAAAUAGAGGGCUCAAGGCCCAACUGAAGGAUACUGCAGAAGCAGUGCAAGCUGCAGGUGAACUGCUUUUCCGGCUUAAAGAAGCUGAAGAAUCUGUCAUUAAUGCACAGAAACGGGCUAUGGAUGCAGAGCAGGAAGCUGCAAAGGCCUACAAACAAAUUGAUAAGUUGAAGAAGAAACAUGAGAAGGAGAUUUUCUCACUUAAUGAGCUCGUUGCGGAAGCACACCCGCAGAAGGAGUCAGUACCACCGAUUUACGAUGAUGCUGUCAUGCCCAAUUAUGACGAUGAAUCUAAAGAUCCACUCCGUGUUAAUGAUCAGUUUGGGCCUUUUAAUAAUAUUGCAGAAGAUGGUGAGCUCGCAAAAUUGGCAGAACCAUCCUGGUUCUCUAGUUACGACAGAUGCAAUAUCUAAAUCACCAUUCUUUGUGUUAUUAUGUAUUUGUUUGUUCAUAUUGUAUUCUUUCGUUCUUACUCUUUGUGAGAGCGUAGACGAGUCUCUUUCCAUAUGUAUCUCUUUUACUGCACAAGACUAAUCUGUAUCGGCAGAUUGUCGAUUAUAAAGUGGAUGCAAGAUCCUCAGGUGUGUAAUGGCUAUUGAACAGACAUUGAUGAACUGCGAGGAAGCAUUCCAUUUUGUGUUGCCCAUUUUUCCUAAUAUUGUUGAUUACAUUCUGAUCAACUAUUAUUAAUAAAUGUUUAGUAUUCUUUUGGCA